AUGCCCAAACACACAGACAUAGAAGAAAUCUACGACGAAGCGGUGGACAUUGAAGAUAAGGCUGAGAGAUUGGGAUACGACGUGAAAGUUGUUGCGAGAUACGAGAAGGCCUUGUCGCUCUAUGCGGCGGUACUUGAGAGUGAGCAGGGCAGUCACUACGACGCACUCUACAACUCUGCUCGCCUACGUCUAGAGAUUGGUGGCGGCUAUAAGCAUCCUCCGGACGCGUUUGUCUAUCUGCAAGAGGCGUAUCGUUUGUUCAUCAGCGCGGCGGAGGUCGCUGGUCGAUUCAACCCACCCAACCAAAUCGGCAGGUUUGACGCUCUCUACAACGCAAUUCAGUCUGCUGUAUCUGUUGGUGAACUGCAUGCUGAUUUGGGGGCGGAUCGUGACGCUGCUGAUGCCUUCUCCCAUUGCGUCGAUUUGUUGCGCGGUUUAGUGGCAGAACAGAAGUCUUUUGUGGGUGCGGACAGUGGUGGUUAUGCUGCUGCUGCUGCUAUGGAUGUUGGCGGCGGCGCCUCACUCUCACUCUCCCUCCCACCCUAUCAAAUCGUGCAGAAUAUCAAAAUUCUCGUUGAUGUGCUGCUCAAAUUGCAGGAUGUGGUCGAUGUCGAUGAUGGCACUAGCACAAACACUGAUCACACUCUGGCACACGCGCAGAUGGCCCUCAACGAGGCACUCACCCUCAACAACGCAGUCGAUGAGCAGUUCAAGGAGACAGACACGCUUCUCCUCCUACAGGCCAAAAUACACCUAGGAGAGUUGCAGAUGCAAAUACAAUCGCAAUCACAACCACAACCGCAAUUUCAAUCACAGGCUCAAACAAUAGUGGCUGAGUUUAGACACGUGCUCGAGUUGCGCAGCGGGAGAAGAGAUAGCGGGGCAGUAGAAGCACACUGCGAGCUGGCAGAGGUGUUGGUAGAAGUGGCUAAGAGUGGCGUCUCAGGCGUCUCCAGCUGGGAAUUGCUAUGUGAGGCGCAGUCCCUCUUCAAGGCAGCACUCGAGAUGGAAAUAGCACUUAAAUCCAUCGGCAGUAUCGAUCCUCAGUCACUCGCUAACCAAAUUAAGAUCCUUAUGGCUGUCGCGGGUGCGUCGACACUGAGAGCUCUGCUCGUUGGCAGCGGGAAUGUAAACUAUACCACACUAAUCAAUAACAGUCAGGUAUUCCUCAAGAGAGCGGUGGAAAUCACUCAGCCUGUCCAAGUUAAACAUCCUAAUUGGCAGGUGGAGGAUGCUAAGUAUGAGGCUAUGGUGAGGAUUAUCCAUGAGCGAAUCAAGUACAGCGGUGAGAGUAUCGACUCCCAGGGACAUUUAUUGGGAUUGCUUGCGAGUCAUGGCGUUGAUUUGGAGGUUUAUAAGAGAAGACUCGACUGA